AUGGCGCCGACCAAGGACCAGGAGGGCGUUCCCGCGAGCCCCGCCAUCAACGGACAGCAAUCCCUACGCCCCGACUCCCCCGCCACGACGCUCAAGAGCACGAUCAGCGCGCAGAACGAGCGCCUGUCGGAUGAAAAGUCCAAGCUCAAGACGCUGCGCAAGGACUGGAAGAGCAAGGUCAGCGCGCUGAAGAAGGAAAACGAGAAGCUCGACAAUUCAAUCCAGUCCGGCGGCGGCAACGACGACAAGCUGCGCCAAAAGAUCAUCCAGCAAGAGACGCAAAAGGCCCAGGCCGAAAAGGAGAUUGCCGAGCUCGACGCGCUGCUCAAGGAGUUUGAAAAGGCGCCCGAAGGUCUGCAAGAACGCAAGAAGCAAGCCGAGAAGAGCUGGUCUGCGGAGAAGAUCGUCUUCGACAAGGCGUCCAAGGAGCACAAGGACUUCAAGGCCAAGCUUGCGGCACAGAUCAAGGCGGCGCAGGACGAGCAGUCGGCCCUCCAGACAAAGCGCAACAAGAUGGCGGCCCGCAUUGCCAAGGUGGACACGGAGCUCAUGCGUAUCACGGAUGCCAACAACCGCGGCCUCGACGAAGCCGAGCGCCGGCGCCAAGGACGGGCGGCGUGGGAGGCGGAGACGAAGCAGAUCGAGACCAACUUCCGGGAAAGCAUUGCGACGAUGCAGGCCAACAACGCGACCAAGCAGGCUCAGGUUAACAACCUCAUGAGCCAGCUCCAGACGUUCCACCAACAGAUGAACUACAGCAACAACAGCCUCUCGUUUGACGGCCAGCAACCGCACCAGCAUCAGCACCAGCACCAGCACCAGCAGGGCUUUGAGGCGGCGGCCCCGACCAACGCGACGAGCUCGGGCAACUCGUGGAACCCGAACCCGGCGGCGGCCCCCCAUUACCCGGCCUCGAUGUGGCCAGCAGCAGCGACGACGACAGCCUCCCACUCGACGAGCGGUCCGGGGGCGCAGCCCUCGCUGCUGCCCGCGCCGCUCAUGGGCGCGGGUCACUGGCUUCCCUCGCAGGCACCUGUCAAGUCCCGUGGCCGCUCCAGUAGUAUGCUCAGCGACGUUUCGGGCUUCACGCAGUCGAGUGCCGGCGACGAAGAGUACCAGUCGUUCCACAACACGCCGGCGCAGGCGGGCGCGGGCGUCGGCUCACGACCGCCGCCGGGGCUCAGCUGGCCGUCGCGUGGUGCCCACUCGGGCUCGGGCAGCAGCGUGCGUAGUGGCACCGGCAGCGGCAGUCGCAGCAGCGGCGGUAGCGUGCGCGACCCGACGAGUCCUGUGUGA